AUGCAGCGCAAACUAACUGCGCGAACACGAAAGGCAGAACGCAAAGCUGAUCAGGAGCGAGCGCGGAAGCGCAAAGCAGAGAAGAAAAUGCGGAAGGCAGCACGGAAGCGGAGUCUAAGCUACUAUGGCGGUGGGCUGGCCUGGGGAUUCGAUCCAAAUGCUGGUAUGCUUCACUCCGGUCGUGAUCAUGCCAUCGCUGCAGACGGGGCCAGUCAGCCAGUCAGCAAUGCUGGAAGCGGACUUGAUGCCUCUGAUCUGAAACCGGUUCGAGGUCACACUUGGGGCAUUCACUACGGGAAAACUGGCAUGCAUGUCCAGGUUCAUGACCAGGAUUUCCAUGGUAGCCGUGAAUGCAGUGGCAAGGUUGGGACCUAA